AUGGGCAGGCACUUCAAGACGUACUCGCAUUCCCUCAUCGACGUCCAACUUGCCAAUGGCCAUUCUCGCUCCUCCUCGUCCUCCACCGCAACGACGACAAGCACUGUGAAUUCCGCCAACUACCUGCCCGUCACCACUUCGCUGCUCUCUAGCACCACCCCGUUGCGAUUGGCUCCGAGGGACGAGCCCACUAGAGUCCAGCUGCAGAAACAGCGGCUAAGGGAGCAACACGCAAAGGUUCCCGUUAGUGCUGCCAUUCCGGGUUUCAAGGCUUCGGCUGCCUUUUUCGGCUCUCUACGAACAAACCUACGUCUCCACGCCUCUCCACCACCGAGUCCACUGUCAACUCCCAAUUCCAUGCAAGGAUCGACCAGCUCUCUCCCUCCACCAUCGCCUCUCUCACAACCCGCGCUUUCCGCCAUGGACAAUGUCGAUGUUCCAGUCGCAGACGAUCCUCUGGCAGGAGUGCCGGAGCUGACCUCAUAUCUCACGACCGACGAGGAGGAACGGGUAGAAGCAUUGAAGCUGGUUGCAGACAGCGUUGCCCAACAGCGACAGCUCGCAAACAAAGCUCUACUCUACAGUCCAUUGAACCUUGCAAUACUAGUCGGCAUUCUGGCGCAAAUGGCGCGGUACAUGAGUGAUAAGCAGAUUGAUCACUUUGUCAUUGCAAGCUCCUGCUUGGGUUUGAUCAUGACUUUCAUGGCCGGGACGCGGUUUGCGACCAAGGAUUAUCUGUAUGCUGCCGAAGAGAUCAACUGGGAGUGGGUUGGUGAUUCGGAUUUCUUGAUAACCAAGUUCGGAGACGAGGUCAUCGGGACCGCGGUGAUUGAGUGGGUAUCCGGGGAAAGCAGACAGAAGAGGAAGAAGGCAUGGAGAGGAUUCAUCAAGGCCUGGACGGUGAGACAAAAGUACAGAAACAAGGGCGUGGGGAGUGCAUUGCUGGAAGAUGCGAUCAAGGAAGCGAAGAAGAAGGGGGCCGAAGGACUGGAGUUUGACGAUUUGCACGCAAAUUCCAAACGAGUGCUUCCGACCUUCUACAACAGCGGUUUCGACAAGAAAGAUCGCAAAGCACGAGAGUUACUGGAGGAACUCAGGCAGUCUAGCCCGAGUGGUAAGAGAAAGUAA